AUGAAUCGCUUUGCCUUCGUUGGAUUAGGCCAAAUGGGCCAGGCAAUGACGAAGAACCUCCUUGAAUACGGCAACAUUGCAAAACCAUUGGUCCUCUACAACAGAACCAAGAGUACAGCAGAAGCCCAUAGUGCCUGCCUUGAAGGCUCGAGGGUCGCAGAGGACAUCCCCGACGCUGUCCUGAGUUCAGAUAUCAUAUGGCUCUGCCUUCAAAACGAACAGGCGGUCGAGCAAGCCUUCGAGAGCAUUCUGACCGUCCCAAUCGAGCGUAAGCUCUUUGUGAACAGCUCCACCAUCUCGCCAGAGAAGACAGACCUAAUUGCCCGCCGCGUUUUGGAGGCCGGAGGCGAGUUCGUAGCAAUGCCUGGUAUCCCUCUGCACUCAGCGAAUACAACUCUGAAGGAUUAUAUGCUAACCCGAGCCACUGCUUGUCUAGUUAUGGGUGAGCCUACAAUGGCAGUAACACGGUCACUAACUUGCGUUGCAAGCGGCAAAGCAGAGUCUGUGGAUCGUAUCCGGCCCUAUGUGCAAGGAGUUGUCGGGAAAACUUUGGUUGAUCUGAGUGGGGAAGAGCCCGGACAGGCGCAGAUGUUGAAGCUGAUGGGGAACUACCUGAUCAUGACAACUAUGGCAACGGUUGCGGAGGCAAACACAUUUGCGGAGAAGUGCGGCCUCGGAACAGUGAACAUGAAUAAGUUGAUGAAUGCUAUAUUUCCCAAUCCGCCACAUGCCAUCUAUAACCGCCGGAUGCUCAGUGGCGAGUAUUACUCAGGGGUGCCCAUGGUGGAAGUACACAAGGGAAUAGAGCUGUCAGACCAUGUCCAGGAAAUUGCAAACGCUUGUGGCGCGUCGGUGGAUCUAUACAAGGUUGCACGGGAGAACUUGAAGAUCGUGCAGGAGCACGAGGGCCCUGGCGCUGAUAUAACUGGGAUGUAUGGCGCAGUCAGGGUGAAGAGUGGACUGUCGUAUAGAAAUGACCCUCAGUAG